AUGUCUCUACCUCAAACAGCGAUUGCUAUGGCCAAAGUUGAAAAGUGGGCUUUACAACUGAAGAAUAAUCGAAAGCUUAGCCCAAAUCACAAGAAGAGACUGUUGGCUGAUAUAGAGCUCUUGAAAGGGACGAGAUCUGGGGCAUCCAAGUCAAUGAGAGAGAAACUGAAGAUAUACAAGGACUUCUUGAUCAAAUGCGUCAAGGAACCUGGCCGUGAAAUUAUGGUGCUUUGUUCGCUGGCACUCGGCGUCAGCGGCAUAUGCAAUCUAAGCCAAACGUACCACCAGCCAGAUCUAUUGGAAUACUUGAUCAAGAUGGACUUGAAGAACGAUAAUCUCUCUGCCAUGGUUCAAGAGUACGAUGUUCCGACCAAAGACUUCUUUGAAGACCGCCCUCAGGACGCUGAAUACCGGCGUCAAUGUGGUCCGAGCUCCCAUAUGACGAAAUACCUGCAACAGCUAUUAGAACAAGUGAACAUAAAUGUCGAAUUGGUCUUCCCUUUCGAUCCGGAAUGCGACGCCCAUAUGACCUUGAAAUUGGAUAUAAGUCAAAAUGCAGCUUGGGGGACCUUACCUUACUUCUUUCAAUCCGACUCUGAGCCCUCGAUCGUCAACUGUACUUCCCCCGAGAAUACCCCCACUUGGUCUCCUGCUGAUACAUCGAUACCGAUACAGACCGACUUUCCAGCAGUCAUCGCUCAAGAGAUACAGGAGGCGGUGCACGGAGCGAAAGCAGGGAAAACACCUGGAGAAGACGGCAUACUGAACUCUCUCUGGCAUAAGCUCAUCGAGAUACCGGUGCUUCUGGAAACGGUGGUUCAGUUAUUCAAUGCAUGCAUAAACACAGGCUACAACCCGUCACAUUUUCAGCGCUCGAUCACGGUGACCUGUCGUGUGGUUGAACACGCUCGGGAAGUCCUGGAGGCAGUUGCCGCGCGACGGAUCAGCUACGCAGCAGAAAUCCACGGUUUACUCCCACAAACGCAUCUAGGCGGGCGAAAGGGCGUAUCCACCGACCAUGCGAUCCACAUUAUCAUUGAUGGAAGCAAGACCGCAUGGGGAGAGGGCUUUUUUGUGGUAUCUCUGCUGAUGUUGGACGUGUCCGGAGCGUACGACAAUGUCGCCCAUGAACGUCUACUACACAACCUCAAGAAACGACGCAUGGGACACUUCGUUCCCUGGGUGAGAGCCUUAUUGACCGAUCGAAGCACAAGGAUUCGCAUGCCCGAAGGCAUGUCCGAUCGAAUAAAUACACCUACGGGCAUCCCUCAAGGGUCGCCGAUCUCACCGAUUCUCUAUCUCAUCUACAACGCAGACCUCGUUGAGAACUGCGGUACCGGUGUGACUAGCAGCAGGUGGCUCGACGAUGUUUGCUUCCUAAACCCAGGAGACGGUGAACGCGAAACCGUCAAGAAACUCAGAGCGGUAUGUCGCAAAGCCGACCAAUGGGCCGAGAAACAUGCGUCAGUUUUUGAUCAGAAGAAAUAUGCACUGGUGCAUUUUAUGAACACCAGAGAAGUCGACCCACGAUGCACGUCGCUUCCUCUGCGAGGUCACACGGUGACAGCGACGAGGACAGCUGAGCGAUACCUCGGCUACUGGCUGGAUCCAGGCCUGGAAUUCCACCAUCACUGCGAGAAAGCGCUGACUGAGGCCGGCGUCUCUCCCCACGCACUACGCAGCCUGGCAGGUUCAACGAGGGGAGCCUCACUCUAUGCAACGCGAAAGAUCUACCAAGCAGUGAUCAUCCCGCAGAUGCUCUUUGGGGUUUGCGUGUGGUAUCAACCUAUGCUCAUCAGUAAAUACAAGGCACGCCAAAUCAGCUUGUCAUUCACGGCAGUACAAAAACAAGCAGCAAGCCUCAUCAGCGGAGCUUUCAGAACCACGGCAGAAGAGGCACUGAACGUAGAACUUCACCUACCGCCUAUCUCUGUUCACAUGAACCGAUUGGUAAAGGAAACGGCUCUGCGACUACGGAGAGGACCGCUUUUUGCGGUCCCGCCCACGAUGUUACGAGCCUGGACACCAUAUGAGAGAGACUGGGCUGGAUAG